AUGAAUUGUUACGACGUGCCCUUAAAUCUUAGCGCGUUGGGUCUUUUACUUGAAAAUUACCCCUAUGAUCCUGUGUUAUGGUCGUUGUAUGCAACAUGCAGUUACUUGUAUGGGAAGAAGAAAAUUGAAAUUCAGAGUUUAGGGGUAAAAGAAAUUUGUAUUCGGAAUUAUCGUCUUGCGGGUAUAUACGAUGUAGAGGAAAAGGAUGGGGAAAAGCGGGUUGUUGAGAAACGGUCGCUCGUGUGGUUAAAGGGUUGCUUAACGGGUAUUCAUGAUGUGAUGUUAUUCGAUGAAAAACACCCCAGCUAUGCACUGUUGGGUGUUGAUACCCAAGUCUCGAACUCAUGCUAUGGUUUUGACGAUGAAGACAGCUCUACGGACAAAAUAUUUUAUGUUAUUCCUGCAGAGUGGAUCCCCUAUGUGUAUAUACGUGUAAGAGAUGAGUCUUGGUACAUGUAUUUGGCUAAAAAAAAGUUUUGUUGCCGACAGAUUUUGUAUCGUGGUGAUGUUACGGUUGUACGACGCGAACAUGUAAGCAUUAAAGAUGAAUAUGUGGUUUCUAAAGAUUAUUUUCAUGUUGGCGUCGGACCGUGUGCUGGAAAAGUUCACGAAGUGCUUGCCGAUGUGGGGUAUUUAUAA